UGGAAGGACCAGUCCCUUGUUGGAGAGGAUUCAAGAGAAGAGGACUCGAAGGAAGAGACAAUACCACAGUGUGACAAAUACACUAGCACCUCCCUGCAAAAACUGCUGCAGAGGAAAGUUAACAAGGCCGACAAAUUGGUGGAUCAAUUCAUUCAAGACCUGGUAAGAUGAUGUUAAGGAUGAUCAUGACAGUUCUACCAGUAGAGGUAGCCUAACUACCACUUAAUUAAGUGGAACUCUAUUUCAUUGCUGUUUCACUUAUUUUUUGCAGAAUGAGAUAAAUUACACUCCCUUCUUUGACGUCGAGUCGCCCUACGAGUUAGCCCUGAAUAUCUUCCAAUAUCUCAGCCGGACAGAGUUGGGA